UAAGACGAACUUGAACUUCUAUUUACAGUUGAAAACUGCGGAUGUUGACAUGCUGAGUUCCUUCUCUGCAUUUUUUUUUUUUCUUACUUCAAAGUCGUGCCAUUAUACGGAAAUUGGAGCCAGCAUGUCUGAACGACAGAAAACGACGAAAACAAUCACUUAAGCUUGUUUUGUUUCUUGUCAGUACGGUACUGUAGUUUGUUUCAUUCCGCAGACUUCUUUUCUCAUUAAGCUUCGUCGGACGGCGUCACGAAACGCAACGUUGCUUGACAGAGAGGGGGCCAGAGGUAACCGCCGGCGCAUCUUGAAAAAGUUGGCCAAUAUUUUCUAAGUUUAUCUUUUGUUGCAUCUUCCGCGGUCAUAACCAUCCUAGUUUAUUAUUCUCUCUUUUAUGUUUUUCUACAUUAUUUUGAGGUUUACUUAUUUAGAUUUGAAAUUACUUUUCUUUUACAUCAGAAAAAGAACUUAAAAUAUCGUGAUAUACCUCCUUAAACUAAGCAUCUUCGGUAAAAUGGUUUGGAUUCUUUUUCAGAUUUGUUGAUAUUUCAAAACUCCCAUUACAUGAUCACUACAUGAAGCAGUAUGCCGAUGUUCUGUACCGCUGGAAUCUGCUGGGCAAAAGAGCUGAAGUGAUUAAAUUCUUAAGUGAGCCUCAACAACCGCAUAAUGGAGUGGAGUUCAGCACUCGUUGUCACAACUGUACGCAUACGCUACGUGGAGCUCAGUGCUACUCUUGUAAAGCUUUGGGACUUCAGUGUGUUAUAUGCCACAUUGCUGUCAGAGGAGCCAGCAAUUUCUGUGUAGCGUGCGGUCACGGCGGACACACUUAUCAUCUCAUGACUUGGUUUGAGACAAUGGAAGUCUGUCCUUCAGGGUGUGGCUGUAGAUGCUUAGAAGUUGGGACAUUUAUCGUGGAUUGACUGUUUCCCUUACACAAGGGGGGUUACAUGGUAAACACUGUCGCAACCAUGUGCACACGGGUUAGCGAGGACUAGCGAAGCAAACGUUACCGUGCGCUACCCGAGUUUCAACGCACAAAAUCGUUGCGAAGCAAGUUGCAGAAAAUGGAAUUGUUAUGUGGCAGUUUUCAAGAAAGUUAUGAGACAAGUUUACAGAUACUACAAAUUGGGGAAUGCCGAAAUUGACUUUAAUUUCAAUGGAAGGGAACGUAGAGAUUCAAGUUAACUGAUGGCUAGGUACAGUGUUACUUGGUAAAUUUUACUGGAGUUGUUUUUUCCUUCUGAUGGGACGAAAUUGUUGACAGCUCGCUGCCGAAGCAGAGUGUAUUGACAGUACUACAAAACUGUGGCACAUUUAUAGGGAGGAAAUUCGAUCAACACCCAGCGCAAGUGAUCCUCUGGGGGGAAAGACCUGUAGAGGCAGUUGCCCGAUGUAACUGCUUGUAGAUACCACGUAUGAGGAAGAAUUGUAUAAAAUUCUAUUAGUACUCGACCCGCGCUCAAGGUCGCAAAAUAACUGAGUAAACAGAAUCAGUAGCCCCGACACAACCACCCGCUCUCAAGAAAGAUCGGAGUGUGGCGACGCCUCUGAUCUUUCUUGAGAAGAACGUGUGAGGCUGACCUCUACUUAGAAUGAGACAAAAGUUUUCAAAUAAAGUCACAUUUAAUGAUGUAAAACUAGCAGCAACUGUUUUACGUCUCGAGGGUUAAGGCCGAUACACACGAGGGGUUUUGCUCCUGGGUUUUGCUCCAGGGGCAAGCUCCAGCAGCAAAGCUCCUCUGUGUGUACCAACGAUUUCAUGGGCGUAAUUCAUUCUCGGGGGCAGAACUUCCACCCUGCAAAAUGCUCAACAACAUUAAAUGGUUAAAUGUAUUUGGUAGCAAGAUCCCGGGGCAAAUUGAACAAACUUGAAAACGCUCCCUCGUCUGUAUCAUACUAUGGAGCAAGCUCCCAAACUAUGCGCCCCGGUGUGUACUAGUCGUGCAAAUUGACCCUGGAGCAUGCUCCUGGAGCAAAACCCCUCGAGUGUAUCGGCCUUUAGUCUCCUUCGCAGCCAUUUCUAGUAUUAGAAACUAAAUAAACUGCAAAGCCGUGAACAAAGAUCCUGCUUGAUU